GGAUUCACAACCGCCCUAUCACUUACUCGUUAGCACUUUUCGACGUCUCUUACCUGCUUUUUGUAGCUGUUUGACCUCGUAUUUACCUACUAAAUACCUUUCUUCAGAUAUCAUGCCGUUCGCUGUUCAGCCGCUGCCUUGGGGCUAUGACGCGCUCGCGUCGAAGGGCAUCUCGAAGGAGCAGGUCACCUUCCACUACGACAAACACCACAAGGGCUACGCGGUGAAGCUGAACGCUGCGGCGGAGGCAAACCCCGACCUGGCGUCGAAGUCGCUGGUGGAGAUCAUCAAGACGGUGAAGGGCCCCGCCUUCAACUCGGCCGCGCAGAUCUUCAACCACGACUUCUACUGGCGCUGCAUGUCGGCGAACGGCGGCGGCGAGCCCCACGGCAAGAUCGCGAACGCCAUCACGGAGAGCUUCGGUAGCUUUGCCAAGUUCAAGGAGGAGUUCACGGCUGCCGCGAACGGCCACUUCGGCUCCGGCUGGGCCUGGCUGGUGAAGGACACGGCCAGCGGCAAGCUGAAGGUGUACCAGUCGCACGAUGCGAACUGUCCUCUGACGGAGGAGAACCUGAAGCCCAUCCUGACGUGCGAUGUGUGGGAGCAUGCGUACUACAUCGACUACCGGAACGACCGUGCCGCCUACGUCAACACGUGGUGGAAGGUGGUGAACUGGGACUUCGCCAACAAGUGCUACAGUGCCUCAAGCGGGUCCAGCUACGUAAACAGCGAUUUGUAG